AUGUCGGAGCCUUGCGAGGCCUCAGAAGCCGAGGAAGAUGAUACAGAGGUGUUCACAGAGCCUGACGAAAGUGCCCGCCAGAUGAUGUUGCGACAAAAAGCACCUCUCGACCAGACAAUCUCGGCAAUGGAGGGCCGCUGUGAAGAGCUGCCGCCGCAGAUGCGAGGUGGCAAGCGUGUCACCGGACAGAGGCAGCACAAGCCGAAGCGGAGCAAAGAGUUUACAAUGGAGUGUUCCUUGCACGGUCAAGAGAACAAGCAAGAGUUCAUGAUCCCGCAAGCGGCGUUCAGGAGGCUCUUCAAGGAGACUGCCGAAACCGUGACCGCUGCCUUAGAGGCAGAUUUGGAGCAGAUGGCUUUGCUUCCUGAAGAGAAGAAAAAAAAAGGACGAGGACGGCCCCGCAAAGAGCGAUGCCUGACGGUUCCGCAAUUCCCCAAGAGUGCGACCCGCAUCGCGCAGUACAUGGCCGAGGACUUUCUGCAAGCCAGGUUCUCCGACGCGAGUCGCCUCGCCCAGCACUCAAAACGAGAGACGACCAUGUUGCGAGACCUCAAGCUGGCAGGGGAGCUACGUGCUGGUGCGCUGGAGAAGCGCAGAGAAGACAACGAGUUCCGUGUUUACCAGUCGGUUCUGGCAGAGCGAAGGCGGCGGUGA